UGUGGUUGUAACAGAAAAUUCCAAUGUGUCAGGCUGAAUGCCUGCAGGUUAUGGUGGUGCUACUGGUUUGUGUUGAGAGGAAUGAGUGUGUGGUUGGUGGGGGUGGUGGGAAGAGCCCGAACACGUGAAGGAUUUCAAUAAGGUGGGACUAAGGCGGUGCUACUUAUGCAUAAAUAAAACAGGUGCAACAGGUGACAAUGUUGUUACAGCACGAGACAGCAGAAGAGAGGGGACACAAGCACACCAUUCGGAAACAACUCAGAAUCCUUAAAAAACAAUCCUCGACCACGCCACAAAGCAAUGACGUCCUAUGAAUCUCAAGGUCAGUCUCCGACAAGAUGUGGGCCUCAGUUUCCCAGCUUAGGACAGGAACCUCCCGAACUGAGUCUCUACAAUGACAGCUACUAUCCCCCUCCAUCACUGCCGAGUCCUCAGCGAACAAAUCCUUCCUCGUAUGAACUUGGAGACUAUGCUGCCUCAUCUCCUAACCCCUACCUGUGGUUCAACGGCUCAGGGAUGAACAGCGCUCCUUAUCUGGCUGGAACCCCGGGCCCUAUGGGACCUUCCUUUGUUCCUCAGCAUUAUGGCAUCCAAAGGCCCUAUUUGGGUCCUGCGGGACCAGGUGGCCCUAGUGGCGAACUGAGCUGGUUCUCCAUGCCCUCUCAGGAGGAUCUUAUGAAGCUGGUUAGGCCGCCUUAUUCAUACUCAGCUCUCAUUGCGAUGGCAAUACAUGGUGCGCCUGAUCGUCGACUGACUUUAAGUCAAAUUUAUCAGUACGUUGCUGAUAACUUUCCAUUUUAUAACAAGAGCAAGGCGGGAUGGCAGAACUCCAUUCGGCACAAUCUUUCACUGAAUGACUGCUUCAAGAAAGUUCCACGAGAUGAGGAUGAUCCUGGCAAGGGUAACUACUGGACGCUAGAUCCGAACUGUGAAAAAAUGUUCGACAACGGCAACUUCAGACGCAAGAGAAAGAGAAAGUCUGACAUUCUUCUGGAAAAGAGCGACUCUGGGGGCAAUGUGAGCUCAGAGUCAGGAGACAGUAAUGGCAGGGGCAGCCCAAAAAACCAAGCUGUUGACAACUCCACCUCCCCUGAAAAGGGCCCUUUACAAGUUUCUGCUGGACCGUCCCCAUGCUUGAGCAACUUCCUGACUGAGAUGUCCGGUGUAGCAACUGGAUCACUGGAUAUUGAAGGAGAUACCAUGAAUCGUCCGUUUUCUCUCAGUCUUCCAGUGGACAGAGUGCAGAGAGCUUCACAAUCGACAGGCUUUGGCACCUACUCCCCCAGCUCCGCAGUGUCCGAAUGGGCAUCACCUCUGCCCCCACCCGCUUCCAUCUCCCCAACACCGUCCCAAUCCACUUUAGGUUACAACAGCGCCCUCAGUCAAUUUAAUGGUCAUUUCUACCCCGGUUUGAGCUCGACCGGUAUUCUUUACCCUCGGGAUGGCACUGAGGUGUAGAAGCAUGUGACAGCAUAGACAAGCUGAGCGAUUGAUUCACACUACAGGCUCUGGGGGCAACCCUAAAGAAAUAAAAAACUGUAAACGCACAACACAUACUGCUGUUGGUGAUCUAUAACUGAACUCCUUUGUGAGACCUGUGGGUGAAAGAUACGAAUGAAUUCCCACAGGAAUGGUCUAGUCAGCAUGAGAUAUGACAGGCUGACAUUAGCAAAGGCCCACGGUACCAGCAGCUCUGAUCUGAGGCCAGAUGCUGACAUCAAGCCGUUCUGCACAGCUAUCUUACUCAAACUCAUAUUACUGAACCUGAAUUUAAGCACCUGUUAUGAACGGAUAAAUCACAUCUAAUGCGGACAAAGAAACUCCAGAAAAAUGCAUACAAAUGCAAAUACAAGUCUUUGUAUUUUGACAGCCUUUUGUAUAUAACUGUAAAGUUGAGUGUGCUUGAAUGUUGAGUGUGUUCUAUGAGGGGAUAUAUGGCCUUUUUAAAAUAAAUGAUUUAAAACAGUGUUGUAUUAUUGAACUGUAUUUAUAAUGAGGGAAUGCUUUCUGAUUUUUUAAAAUAAAAGAUUUUAAACACCAUUGAAUUCUAUUGUUUUAUU